GGGCUUUCGACGCGCGCAUGUCGAACCUCAUCUUUAUUCUUGCUUUUGAUGAUUUUCUCUCCUCCUAUUUCACACCAUCUACCGAGGCUGUCGAUCCCUUUCGGGUGAAACCCCCCCGACCACCUUUGUUUUCGACAACUUUUCAACCGAUAGAUAGACAUUACAACGAUGGAGUCUCGAGGACCCCCCAGAGUUAAAAACAAGGCUCCUGCCCCCAUACAGAUCUCAGCGGAGCAGCUACUUCGCGAGGCUGUUGACCGGCAGGAGCCUGCGUUGCAGGCGCCCACCCAGCGCUUCGCUGAUCUUGAGGAGUUGCACGAGUACCAAGGUCGCAAGAGAAAAGAGUUCGAAGAUUAUGUGCGUCGAAACAGGAUUAAUAUGAACAACUGGAUGCGCUAUGCAGCGUGGGAACUUGAACAGAAGGAAUUUCGACGAGCACGGUCUAUCUUCGAACGCGCGCUGGAUGUCGCCCCUACGUCCGUGGUGCUGUGGAUUCGCUACAUCGAGUCAGAGAUGAGGAACAGGAACAUAAACCACGCCCGAAAUCUUCUAGACCGUGCCGUGACGAUUCUUCCCCGUGUGGAUAAGCUUUGGUACAAGUAUGUCUACAUGGAGGAGACUCUGGGGAACAUCCCUGGAACUCGCCAGGUAUUUGAGCGUUGGAUGUCCUGGGAACCUGAUGAAGGUGCCUGGAGCGCAUAUAUCAAGCUUGAGAAGAGAUAUGGUGAAUUUGAGAGGGCACGGGCUAUUUUCCAGCGCUUUACUAUAGUUCACCCUGAGCCGAGGAAUUGGAUAAAAUGGGCUCGAUUCGAAGAGGAAUACGGGACAAGUGAUUUGGUCCGAGAGGUUUAUGGCGCUGCUAUUGAGACAUUGGGCGAGGACUUCAUGGAUGAGAAGCUCUUCGUCGCUUAUGCCAAGUUCGAGGCGAAACUCAAGGAGUACGAGCGUGCGAGGGCUAUCUACAAGUACGCGCUGGACCGUCUCCCUCGGUCGAAGUCGAUGGUUCUACACAGAGCAUAUACGACAUUUGAGAAACAGUUUGGCGACCGGGAAGGCGUAGAAGACGUGGUCCUUUCCAAGCGGAGAGUUCAAUACGAAGAACAACUCAAGGAAAAUGCCAGGAACUAUGACAUCUGGUUCGAUCUUGCGAGAUUGGAGGAGUCGACCGGCGAUCCGGAACGAGUCCGAGAUGUCUACGAACGGGCGAUUGCACAGAUACCCCCGUCCCAGGAGAAACGACACUGGAGACGAUACAUCUAUCUUUGGAUAUUCUAUGCCCUCUGGGAAGAAAUGGAGAAUAAGGAUAUUGAGCGUGCGCGACAAAUAUACCAAGAGUGUCUGAAGCUCAUCCCACAUAAGAAGUUCACUUUUGCCAAGAUUUGGCUCAUGAAAGCUCAGUUCGAUAUCAGGCAGAUGGACCUUCAAGCUGCCCGGAAGACGCUAGGCCAGGCUAUCGGCAUGUGUCCGAAGGAUAAGCUCUUUCGAGGAUACAUUGAUCUUGAGCGACAACUGUUUGAGUUCGUGAGAUGCAGGACAUUGUAUGAGAAGCAAAUCGAGUGGAAUCCUGCGAAUAGCCAGUCUUGGAUAAAAUACGCUGAGCUGGAACGUGGAUUGGACGAUGCAGAUCGUGCCAGAGCCAUAUACGAGCUUGGAAUUGACCAGCCGUCGUUAGAUAUGCCGGAGCUUGUGUGGAAGGCUUACAUUGACUUUGAGGAAUACGAGGAACAGUACAACCGCGUCCGGCAACUGUAUGAGCGUCUCCUGCAGAAGACGGACCAUGUCAAGGUAUGGAUCAAUUACGCGCGUUUCGAAAUCAACGUUCCGGAGGAAGAGGAGGAGGAGACGGAAGAAGAACGGCCAGUAAGUGAGGAGGCAAAACGCCGCGCCCGCAACGUCUUCGAACGUGCACACAAGGUCUUCAAGGAGAAAGAACUCAAGGAGGAGCGUGUGGAACUGUUGAAUGCAUGGCGGUCAUUCGAACACACUCACGGGUCUGUCGAAGAUAUCGAGAAGAUCGAAAAGCAGAUGCCGCGCAGGGUCAAGAAGAGACGCAAGCUCGAGGACGACCGGUACGAGGAAUACAUGGACUAUGUCUUCCCCGCGGACGACAGAGCCGCGGCGAACCUGUCGAAACUGCUCCAGAAAGCGCACCAGUGGAAGCAGCAACAGGCGCCAAGCCAGACAUAGCAGUAUUCUUGACACCUUUCAUCCCUUUUACAGACGAUGUAUUUUAUAUUAUCCGCAAUCUGAUAUCCUUGCUUCUAUUGGUUAUGUUGUAUGGUAAAAACCCCAUUUUUAAGAGAGAAGCCAUAAUGUCUGGUACUGCAAGCGUAAUGCUGACGCAACGACUUUCUUUUAUUGCUAUUAAUAUUCCCAAUUUAAAAUUGAAAACUUAAAAACGCA